UCAAAGACCAAACACAGAGAGAUGGGUUUCUUCUCGUUUCUUGGAAGAGUUCUCUUCGCUUCUCUCUUUAUCCUCUCCGCUUGGCAAAUGUUCAAUGAUGGUGGUCCUGCAGCUAAAGAAUUGGCUCCAAAGCUUGAUUUGGCCAAGGCACAUCUAUCUUCUAGAUUAGGGGUAACAUUGCCCAAAAUAGAGGUGAGACAAGUUGUUGUUACUAUUAUUGCCCUGAAAGGAGUCGGAGGCUUACUCUUUGUUAUCGGAAACAUCUUCGGUGCUUAUCUUCUGGCUUUCUACUUGGUGGUUGUCAGUCCUAUUCUGUAUGAUUUCUACAACUACGGACCGCAGGAACGUCAUUUCUCACUUCUGUUGACAGAGUUCUUACAGAGCGUUGCACUCUUUGGAGCAUUACUCUUCUUUAUUGGAAUGAAGAACUCGUCACCCUCCAAGAGAAAUCUGAAGAAGAGGACACCUAAGCCGAAAGCUGCUUAGUAUCAAUAUUAGUUAUCUUCUGGUUUUGCCGCAAGCAAUACCUUUGGCUUUUCCUUUUUUCCCGACAAAAUCUUUCCUUAGAACAUUGGUUUUCUUUCUGUUUUAGGAUUCUUAGAUUAGCUCAUGAGCUUAUACUGUGAUUUGAUAUUGGGGAUCUUGAAGUUUUGAUUUCUUGAAACUUCGACCAUGCAGAUUUCGUGACCUUGGAAUUCAAACAACUAAAACAGAAGUUAUACAAAGAACCAUUAAAGAUUCAGUGUCUCG